UUUCCAGCAUCAAUUAUGAUCAAGUUUUGUUAUUUGGCAAUCUUUCUCAUCCUUGUUCAUCAUUUGGUGGCCGUUCAAUCUAUAAAUGCAGCAGCUCCUAAGAAGGGUGUUUCCCGGAAUCCGGCUGAUUUCCUAUCUUUAGGCUACUACCUUAAAAAAUGCCCGGAGGCUGAGAGCAUCAUCCAGCAAAAAGUAGGAGCCUGGAUUCAGAAGGAUUUCACCUUGGCUGCCAGCAUCAUUCGUUUGCACUUCCACGAUUGUGCUGUUAGGGGCUGUGAUGCAUCCAUUCUGUUGAACUAUAGAGGAAGCGAGAGGGCAGCAUAUGUCAGCAGCAGUCUGAGAGGUUUCCAAAUGAUCGAUGACAUCAAGGAAACACUCGAGAAGAAGUGUCCAAGAACUGUGUCUUGUGCUGAUAUUCUCACAGCUGCAGCUAGAGAUGCCACUGUUUUUGCUGGAGGUCCAUUCUGGGAAGUCCCAUUUGGGCGUAAAGAUGGGAGAAUUUCUAUAGCCAAAGAAGCCGAAAUGGUUCCUCAGGGCAAUGAAAAUGUUACAGCUUUAAUCCAACUUUUCAAAGCUAAAGGAUUGGAUAUUCUUGAUUUAGUCACUCUUUCAGGGGCACACACCAUUGGAAGAUCAACUUGUGGUCCAUUUCUAAAUAGGCUGUAUAACUAUAAUGGAACAAGAAAGCCUGAUCCCUCUCUCAAUACCUAUUACUUGAAACUGUUGAAGAAGAGAUGCAGGCACUCAACUGACCUUGUUUAUCUCGAUGUCAUAACUCCGAGGACUUUUGACACUGUUUUCUACACAAAUCUCAAGAGGAAGGCUGGAUUGUUAACAACAGAUCAAGACCUCUACUCAGAUCCAAGAACUGCUCCUUUUGUAGAAGCAAUGGCAUCUCAACCCUUCUUGUUUGAGAACCAGUUUUUGGUAUCUAUGACAAAGCUUGGAAAUGUUCAAGUUCUUACUAGGAAUGAAGGUGAAGUUCGAGUGAAUUGCAAUUAUAUUAAUGCCCGUUGAAGGGUAAUAUUGUUCAGUACUUCCAAGUUAUUUUUCCAAUGCUUUUUUAUUCAAUAACUCAUGAAACCUGACCUUUUGUGAUUUGAAAUGUUGGGAG